AUGGCUGGUGUGGGAUACCUUGGAAUAGAUCUCCUGAGGAUCACUUAUGUCAUUGUUCGACUUUCUAGCUACGGGAAUAGCAACACUGCUGUAUUGGUGCUAUCGACCGCGUUGCUUAUGUGCAUGUAUCGAUAUAAUUUGGUACGCAAUCUUCGCAUCUAUCUGAUGGUCAUGAAUGCCGUGGUUGUACUUCUCUGUAUAAUAGCUCUCGUUGCAAUAAUCAAGUUCAAUGCCUCUGAGUACAGAAAGCGUCAUGACACAAUGAUGGAACUGGCAGUGAAGUAUCGCUUGGAUGAGAACAUCCGCAGUGGAAAAUACUUGAUAUCUAUUGCAGUCAAUGACCUUAUCUGCAGGGUUGUAUUCAUCGCGUUAGUGGCGUAUUCAAUUGUUUGGAAGAUUGCUCCAAUCGGCAGCGACGAAACUCACUUCUAUCACUCUUACGAUUUGUUAUUCGCUUAUCAACGGAUAUUUGCUGCCUUGGCUUUUGCACUACAAAGCGGGAAGUUCCGUCAACUUAUCAACCGAGGAAACAGAGCAAGGCGAAUUAUGGAUAAUCAAGCCAAGAUCACUGAAACUUACUUCGGUAAACUCAGGGAAACAUGGGCAUGA